GUCGGAUGUAUAUGAGCGCAGGCGGCGGGAUCUCUCUCCCUUUUACCGCCAUCGGAGCGGAGUCUCUUUCUUCCACGGGACCGCUUCACUGCGCAGCGCUGCCUAACCUGUCCAGCCUCCGGCCAGAGAGCGAAGCAUCACUUAAGACUCAGCUAAAAUGGCAGACAUCGACAACAAAGACCAGGCUGAGAUGGACCCGGCAGAUAUGGAGGAUGUGGAGGAAGUGGAAGAGGAGGAGACCGGAGAAGAUGAAAACAGCAAAGCUCGUCAGCUGACUGUGCAGAUGAUGCAGAAUCCACAGAUCCUGGCUGCGCUGCAGGAGAGGCUGGACGGUCUGAACGGCUCGCCGUCAGGGUACAUGGAGAGUUUACCAAAGGUUGUAAAGAGACGUGUAAACGCCUUGAAGAACCUACAGGUCAAAUGUGCCCACAUUGAGGCCAAGUUCUAUGAAGAAGUACAUGAACUGGAGAGAAAGUAUGCAGCCCUCUACCAGCCCCUCUUUGACAAAAGAAGCGACAUAGUGAAAGCAGCCUAUGAGCCCACAGAUGAGGAAUGUGAAUGGAAGGCAGAUGAGGAGGAAGAGCUGACAGUAAGUAAGCAGGACGAAAUGAAGGAGAAGGCCAAGUUAGAGGAGGAGAAGAAGGACGAGGAGAAGGAAGACCCCAAAGGCAUCCCUGAGUUCUGGUUAACGGUUUUCAAAAACGUGGACCUGCUCAGCGACAUGCUGCAGGAACAUGAUGAACCCAUCCUUAAACAUUUACAAGAUAUUAAAGUAAAAUUCUCAGAUCCAGGACAGCCCAUGAGCUUCACGUUAGAGUUCCACUUCGAGCCCAAUGACUUCUUCACAAACACAGUGUUGAUGAAAACCUACAAGAUGAGGUCAGAGCCCGACGAGAGCGACCCCUUCUCUUUCGACGGACCAGAGAUCAUGUGCUGCACAGGUUGCACGAUUGACUGGACAAAGGGCAAGAACGUCACGUUGAAAACGAUUAAGAAGAAACAGAAGCACAAGGGCCGCGGCACGGUCAGGACGGUCACCAAAACGGUUCCCAACGACUCCUUCUUCAACUUCUUCACCCCACCAGAGGUCCCAGAGAAUGGAGAGUUGGACGAGGACUCAGAGGCAGUUCUGGCUGCUGACUUUGAAAUCGGCCACUUCAUCCGUGAGCGUAUCGUACCUCGGGCCGUGCUCUACUUCACAGGAGAGGCCAUAGAGGAUGAUGAUGACGACUACGAUGAAGAGGGAGAGGAGGCGGACGAUGAGGAAGGUGAGGAGGAGGCUGACGAGGAGAACGACCCCGACUAUGAUCCCAAGGUUUAAGUGGUGACAGUAGAAAAAUAACCCUAUCCUGAAGGAUGCAGCCCCCCCAGCUGAGUGCAAGCAGCAGUGAAGCCUGGCCUGGCUGCCUUGAGGAUCAACUGCACUGUAACAGCUUCUCAAAUUUAAAAAACAGAAGAAAAAAAAAGAUUAAAAAAAAAAAAAAUAGUUACUUACCGCCUUAUAAUGUUUUGUAUUUUUCUUGGUAGAGAAUUUGAAGAAAAAAAGGUUUCAAGAUUUUUGUUACAAAAACUCAUGGUAAUAUACUGGGAGCUGUGAGGCUCAAUAUACAUAGUAUUUUACUAGACCUGUUUUUUCCUUCUCUUCCUCCUUCUCUGUAAAAUAGAUAGAAUACAGGAAAAAAUCUCCCUCAAAAAGCAUGAACUUGUUUCUUCACUGCUAAACUAGUUUGGGUUCUUGUGAAGUCUUUUGUUGUAUUUGCUCUUAGACAACAGCUGUGGUUUAGACUGCAUCACGGCAACGUCAGUUUAUAAAUAACACCCCCCACCCUCCCCUUCCUCCUCUUUCUCCUACCAAAGUUCCAGGUUGGUAAGUUCUGGUUGUCCCAGGUGAAUCUUUUUUUUAUUCUUAGCGGGGCCUUUAGCACUUGUUAAAAGCACUGUAGCAUUUCCAGCUCAUAGAGAUGGGAGGACAGAUGGGUGACCGGCAGCUGGGUGUCCAUUCCAGUUUAUCUAAUCUUGCUGAGCAUGAGUUCUGGAGUUGGUGUUUCUGGCCACUUCCUGUGCCAUUUGUGCUCGACUACUUUCCACUCUUGAUACAUUCCAGUAAGCAGACUGGCUGGCACCAUCGGUGUACCUCUCUUGAAAGGAGUCCACCUCUCUCUAACUGGACGGACUCUUUCUAAAUUGAACAAAAAAUUAAGUUUGUUGAAGUUGGACUUCUUCGUCACGUAAUCGGUCGCUCCCAGCGCUUGGUGCAGCCUGGUCGAGUCUCUUGAACAUUCCAGAGAAUCCUUUUUAGAUGAGGAAGAGCAGGAGACAGGUGGACAGGAUGGCCAGUUCUGGGGCCUCCUUAGGGCCCAGUAAUCCAGUGCUUCAGGCUCCUUGUAGGCUCGCAGUGGCAUGGCUGUCAUUUCUAUAGCACUUUGUACUAGUGUGUGGUGUACCAGUGGUGUCCGUUCAUCGGUAAUCUGUCUGAGUAUUCCUUGUGAGCAGCACUUUGACGCACCCCCGGGAUGGUGCUGUCAUCCUGCUCUGUGGACGGUUCAACUUGUGCUAUCUGGUGUUAAAGUGCGUUACCUUUCUUACCGGGGGGAGGGAGGCACACUUCAGAGAGGAACAGGGUUGGGCAGAUGUAGCACAGGGAUGACGAUGAAAGGCCAAACCAGGUUUUGACAUGUAGAAGUAUCGAUGUGUCGGGUUCACCAAAACCCCCUUUUUCUCUUCAGUUCAUGAUAUUUACCUCUUGUGUCGCCAAUUUGUGACUGGUCAGGUGACUCUCGUGGACCUCGGCCCCUGAGGUCUCCGUUCAUUUUUAUCACUGUGAAAGAAAGAGGGGAAGCGUGAUUAGGCCAUUGUGUGGCCAAUGACCCACUGCCCUCCCCAACCCCAAACCCUCCUUCCUUUGUUACCCAGAAGGCCACAGAGAAGCAUGUCAGAGCAAUAUUCAAAGCCAGGAGGGGGACCAAGACGAAACGUAGCCUGCCUCCUUCCCAGUCCAUUCUUAAUGCCUUUUUAGUUGUGAAAACAGCCAAGUGUUGGUUGUGUUGGGCAGCAUCAGUGUCCGCUGUGGAGAGCCAGGGUACUUCUCAUUCUGCAGGGAGUAUUCAAAUCAUGUUCAUUGGGAAAGGACGUGACAGGGUUCUGUAGGGUCCUUCUGAGCAGCUGUUGUCAAGGCAAAAUGCUAUGCUACAAAAAUACUAAUGUACUCAAUAACUGUACGUGUAUGUUCAUGAAUAAAUUGGUUAAACAUG